UUUUCAUAGUAUCAGGGGUCUAAACGUAAUUAUGGACACGGUCUCCAAUCCAAUGGAUCGAGUAUGUAUAAGAAUUAAGAUGCAUUGGAAGACAGAGCAGCGUUAGCGUAAUUUUGCUGCUAUCAAAUUCAAAUUCCAAACAGAGGAGAAGAGGAGAAGAGAAGACAAAGGGACAGAGCAUCCACCACAAGAACAACAUCAUCAUCAUCGAUCAUGCAGAUCUUCGUGAAAACCCUAACCGGGAAAACCAUCACCCUCGAAGUUGAAAGCAGCGACACCAUAGACAAUGUCAAGGCCAAGAUUCAGGACAAAGAAGGUAUUCCACCUGACCAGCAGAGACUGAUAUUUGCUGGCAAGCAGUUGGAAGAUGGCCGUACUUUGGCUGAUUACAAUAUCCAGAAAGAAUCAACACUUCAUUUGGUUUUGAGACUAAGAGGAGGAACAAUGAUCAAGGUCAAGACUCUUACUGGAAAGGAAAUUGAAAUUGACAUUGAACCAACAGAUACAAUUGAUCGGAUCAAGGAACGGGUGGAGGAGAAAGAAGGAAUUCCCCCUGUGCAGCAAAGGCUCAUCUAUGCUGGCAAGCAGCUUGGGGAUGACAAAACUGCUAAAGACUACAACAUUGAGGGUGGUUCUGUUCUUCAUCUUGUUCUUGCUCUGAGAGGUGGAGGUUGUUAGGUCUUAGUUGGUUUUCUGCAAAUUUACUUGUCCAACCUUUAUACUUUGGGAAUAUGCUCUUGUAGAACUAUGAGUUUGAGGUGCACUUGCAGCAAAAAUGAAGAAAUUUAUUUUUGAGAUGCUAAAUAGUGGCUUUACAUGGCAUCUGGUAAUUAUAUCUCUCGCUUUGUAUGUUGGAUGCUGUGCUAUCUUUUCCUAAGGCAUGAUCAGUUUUUUUCUA